AUGGAGGAGCAACAACGUCUUCACGCUUACCGCUUUGUCGCCUACUCGGCUGUUACCUUCUCGGUUGUUGCCGUGUUCUCCCUAUGCAUCACGCUUCCAAUGGUUUACAAUUACGUCCAUGGAAUCAAGACCCAAAUCAACCAUGAGAUCAAAUUCUGUAAGCACUCUGCUCGUGACAUCUUCGCUGAGGUGAACCACAUCCGUGGAUCUCCAAAGAAUGCUUCCCGUUUCGCCCGUCAAGCUGGAUACGGAACCGAUGAGGCUGUUGACCAAGGAAACCACGGAUCCCAAGGAGGAUCAUGCUCCGGAUGCUGCCUUCCAGGAUCAGCUGGACCAGCUGGAACUCCAGGAAAGCCAGGAAGACCAGGACGUCCAGGAGCCGCUGGACUUCCAGGAAACCCAGGACGCCCACCAGCACAACCAUGUGAGCCAAUCACUCCACCACCAUGCAAACCAUGCCCACAAGGACCAGCUGGAGCUCCAGGAGCCCCAGGACCACAAGGAGAUGCCGGAGCUCCAGGAGCCCCAGGACAAGGAUCAGGAGCCGGAGCCCCAGGACCAGCUGGACCAAAGGGAGCCCCAGGAGCCCCAGGAAACCCAGGACAAGCUGGAGCCCCAGGACAACCAGGAUCUGAUGCUCAAUCUGAGUCUUCUCCAGGAGCCCCAGGACAAGCUGGACCACAAGGACCACCAGGACCAGCCGGAUCUCCAGGAGCCCCAGGAGGACCAGGACAACCAGGAGCCCCAGGACCAAAGGGACCAUCCGGAGCACCAGGACAACCAGGAUCCGACGGAAACCCAGGAGCCCCAGGACAACCAGGACAAUCUGGAGGAUCUGGAGAGAAGGGAAUCUGUCCAAAGUACUGCGCCAUCGACGGAGGAGUCUUUUUCGAGGACGGAACCCGCAGAAAGUAA